AUGGCUGGAAUUGGCUUUGAGGACUUGCUUCCUAUCAUGGCCACCAAGCUUGGUGGGGAGGGGCUGAUAAAGGAGCUCUGCAACGGAUUUGAACUGCUGGUGGACAAAGAGAAAGGGGUGAUAACUUUGGACAGUUUGAGGGAGAAAGCUUCAGUUUUGGGACUGCAGGACUUGAAGGAGGAUGAGCUUGUGAGCAUGAUGAGGGAAGGGGAUCUUGAUGGAGAUGGGGCACUCACCCAGAUGGAGUUUUGUGUUUUGAUGUUCAGGUUGAGCCCUGAGUUGAUGGAGGAGUCCUGGUUUUGGCUCGAAGAGGCUCUCCAACAUGAGCAACUCAACCACAACACCAACACCAACACCAACACCAACCAUCAUAACUCUUCUGUUUAG